AUGUUUCAUUGUUUCUACUUGAACCUGCAACAGAAGUAAAAAAGAUGAAAUUGAGAGUGAUAUGUCAAAAAUGGUUUUAAACUAGUUGCUAAAUAAUAUCAUUUCAGCUAUCAGAUUCACUGUUGUUUACAGUAUAUUCACUGUACCAUUACAUUCUGGUUUCUAUAUUGACCCUUCAUGAUCUAGCUUGUAUGUCUUGUGUGGAUGACAUAGAGGAUCUUGCGAGCACUGUUGGUGACACACCUACAAAGCGCGUGCCACGCAAGCGCGUCAUCCCUAAGAAGUUCAGCACACAGCUGAAGCAUGAGACUCCAGUCGCUGAGAGUGUGAUUCCUGGGACCCAGAGUGUAUUCGUAAGAACAUGGGGUUGUUCACAUAACAACAGUGACUCUGAGUACAUGGCCGGGCUCCUUGCUACGUACGGAUACAAGAUAACGGACGAUGCAAUGUCAGCAGAUCUGUGGUUACUUAAUAGUUGCACUGUCAAGACCCCCUCGGAAGAUGGCUUGAGGAAUUCCAUCACUUCUGCUCACAGUUUGGGAAAGAAGGUAGUUGUAGCUGGUUGCGUUUCACAAGGUGCACCUGACACCAAGUUUAUCGCCGGACUGAGCAUAGUUGGAGUACAACAAAUCGACAGAGUGGUUGAAGUAGUGGAAGAAACAUUCAAAGGUCACAGCGUCAGACUGUUCGGACAAAAGAAAGAUGGGGUGAAGAAGUUAGGGGGAGCGUCCUUACAUCUUCCAAAGAUCAGGAAGAACCCCCUCAUUGAAAUAAUUGCUAUAAACACGGGAUGCCUGAACCAGUGCACGUACUGUAAAACUAAGCACGCACGUGGAGAGUUAGGCAGUUACCCAAUAGCAGACAUUGUGGAGCGUGGUGUGCAGAGUUUCGCUGAGGGUGUCAGGGAAGUUUGGAUGACGUCAGAAGAUACAGGAGCAUACGGUAGGGAUAUCGGCGUGACACUGCCUGAUCUAUUAUACGAGUUCGUAGAGAUUAUCCCUGAGGGCUGCAUGCUCAGAUUAGGUAUGACAAACCCGCCCUAUAUAUUGGAUUAUUUGGAGGACAUGGCUAAAAUCCUGUCUCAUCCCCGGGUAUACUCCUUCUUACAUGUACCAGUACAAGCAGCAAGUGACAACGUACUGGAGGACAUGAAGCGCGAGUACACGUGUGCAGAGUUCAGCCGCGUGGUGGACUUCCUGCGCGAGAAAGUUCCUGACAUCACCAUAGCAACGGACAUUAUCUGCGGGUUCCCCACUGAAACGGAGGAGGAUUUCAAGGAGACGUUGGAGCUGAUUGAGAAGUACAAGUUUCCCAGUUUGUUCAUCAACCAGUUCUUUCCUAGACCGGGCACGCCUGCUGCUCGUAUGAAGAAGAUCCCAGCUGAUAAAGUUAAGUUGAGAACGAAGAAAGCGUCAGAGAUAUUUCAGAAACAAUUCCCCUACACUCACAAACUAGGAGAAGUACAGCAGAUUCUGAUAACUGAGAUAGCUACAGACAACAAACACUACGUGGGACACAACAAGUUUUACGACCAAGUUUUAGUCCCGAAGAUUGAGGGAUACAUGGGCCAAUCCCUGACGGUUAGGAUAAUGGAGACAGGGAAACAUUACUUAAAAGGAGAUGUUAUCGAGGAGGGGGAGAUACAGAAUAUCCCAUCUUCUUACAGUAAUCCUAAUAAAGUGGCGUUCUCGCUGAAUCCAUACAACAUGGUACAGAACAUAAAAACAAAGAGCAACGUGUGGAACUUCCUGAUAGUCCUCGUUAUCGGAGUUAUGUUUCAGUUGCUUUACAUUCUGUACAGAAACCACCGGUGAAAGAGAAAGUGAACUUGCUCACUCGUGCCCUGACCAAGCUUUUGGAUACAUUGAAUUGUUGGAUAGUUGGUUCCAGCAGCCUGUCUUCGCUUCAUAACACCCGAAUUUUCACGCGAUUGAAUUGGACUAGGCUGAACUGUAGUUGUCGCAAUCUGAUAUUUAUUGAAUCUCAAAGGGAAUUUUGUAAAUAAUAAACGUGUUCUUUCCCAUCUCAA